GUUGUAGCAAUUGUCAAGGAACGAGAAGAAGUGGAGGAAGCCAAUUUGACUGCGGAAGAAGGUAAGGAAACAGCUAUUCCUAAUUUACCUGCAGCAGAUGUUCAAGCGCGCUUAUGUGUGGCAGCGGUGUUGUUGGCUUAUGGGUUUAAUGAGGAGCACAAGAACUACCAGGAAAUGUUAGCCACUUUUCAGAGCAAUGCUGAGUCAUAUGAGGGGUCAGUGUACGCGUUGAUCACCAGAUGUGGUCCUUCGGAGUUUGUGAAGGCAGGGAUGUCUUGUAUACUGGAAGAAGAAGACAAG